GUGUAUGCAAAGAUAUAUGUAUGGUUGUACAACGUGUUAUUUAAAAUUAACAGGAAGUUGUCACAAAAAAAUCAAUGUGCAUUAUGUUUUCUGUAAUAUUCGCGCUGCAAGACCUCCUUUAGAUUUUAAACACUUGUUAUUUGAGAAAGGCUCAGGUGGACACAGUUGAAAGAAAUCGAGAAGCCAAUCAGAUUGAACCUUCCCCCUUUGGCCAAUGAAAGCAGUCACAUUGUUGUCAAACUUGUCUAAUGAAAACGUAUAGAGCAACAAUAGAGAGGGGAAGAAAAAGAGAGUGAUUGAAGAUCUGUAUCUAGUGGCAAUAUCAUCUCGAGACUUCGUUAGUGUCUCACGCUCGUGUCAGUGGCAACUUCUGCAGCUUUGGGAGACGAGCCCGACUGCUUCUGCUUAUUACACGCAUCUUAUAAGAGCCAACGCUCUGUACAGCAACCCGUGGACUCUAAUCUGCUUUUUUUUGGCACAGGGGAAAGCAACAGCAAAGUGCUAUUUUAAAAGUGACACGCUGUAGCCUAUUUAUCUUACCGAACAAAGCUGAAAGAGCACUAUAGCAACUUUUAGAAAGAUAGUAACGGACAUGGAACUGAGGGCAGAGAUUCCUACAUCACAAUCGAGCACCCACGUACACCCCGGCGCAGGAGACGGCGCCGCGAACUCCAUUCCCGUUUCGAUGGCCAGUACCUUCUUGAGGGGCCCCCCGCUCAUCUUACGGACGACGGAGAAGUACCCCCGGACACCCAAGUGCGCCCGCUGCAGGAACCACGGGGUGGUGUCUGCACUGAAGGGCCACAAGCGCUACUGCCGCUGGAAAGACUGCAUGUGCGCCAAGUGCACGCUGAUCGCCGAGCGGCAGCGAGUGAUGGCAGCACAGGUAGCGCUCCGGAGACAGCAGGCGCAGGAAGAGAACGAAGCCCGAGAGCUGCAGCUUCUCUACGGGACUGCUGAAGGACUCGCCCUGGCCGCCGCCAACGGAAUCAUCCCGCCCCGGCAAAAUUAUGAAGUUUUUGGGUCUGUCUGCAAUGACGCGAACUCUGAAUCCAAACUGCAUAAAUUCGAGUUUUUUCCGAAGAACCUGAUGUCAAGGUCAGUGACCCCUCAGCAGAGCCAGGGGAAGUCGAUCUCCACGGACACCGAGUCGGUGACCGGAAGUGUCCCCGGCACCUCAUCCCCCGAAGUACGUCAUGGAUCUGGCUCAGAGAACGGAGACGGGGAGUCUUUCAUCAGUUCUCCUGUCUGUAAAGCCGUGAAAGAUGGCGAAGAUACCCCAGGCUCCAUUAGCCCACUGGGCUCUGACUCGGGCUCAGAAACGGACAAGGAUGAACAAGAGCCUUUGCCUCCAUCCGCAUCGUCGAAGCAGAUGAACGCCAUAGACAUUCUAACUAGAGUUUUCCCCACUCACAAGAGAAGUGUUCUAGAACUGGUACUGCAGGGAUGCGGUAAGGACGUGGUCCAAGCAAUCGAGCAGAUCCUCAACAACAACGGGCAGACAAAGGCGCCAGAAAAUGCUUGGACAGCAGAAAGGACCCUUCAGAGUGUCCAGCCACCCUCAGCCUCGACCCCGAGGCCAGUUCUACCAGGAGCCAUGGCGCCUGCUAUAGGCACUCUGAGCAGCAGGUCAGCCUUUUCACCUCUGCAGCCCAAUGGCCCCCACUUUGGUGCAGACCCAACUGCAUACCCACUCAGCACCCACUUGGGACUUAACCCACUACGCCUGGCUUACUCUGCACACAGCAGGGGGCUUGCCUUCAUGACACCUUAUUCAACCGCUGGACUCAUGCCAACUUUGGGCUUUCGACCACCCAUGGACUACGCCUUCAGUGACCUCAUAAGGGACAGGACCAACUUGCACAAGGACCAGGGUUACACCACUGGUCUUUAUGGGCCGAUGGUGAACAGUAACCCUGACAAGCCAUGAACCGCAGAUUCUGAACAUCCGUUUCCAAAUCUAUCAAAGAGGUCAUUCAAAUAUCACACAACAAGAACCCCUUUAUAUAUAAAAUAGACAUUGGAGCCCAUGUUGUGUACUUUGUUUUCAUAACCUCACCCGUGUCAAUUUCAACGUACUGUGUGUUUUUUUUCUGUGUAUGAUUUAAUGUCUUCCUCAGCAGUAGAGGACUUGAUUAAAUAAGGAAUACAUAAUUAAUUGCCAAAAAAGCCACAACGCUGGACUUUCUGCCAGUGGCGUCUUACCGUGACCAUUUGAUGAAAGAUCUGAAUAGUUUUAUUGAAGCUGGACCUUGGUAUUAUAUGAUAUAACAAGGUAACAUGAUCUUGCUUGGUUCUGGACUUUAGUAUUGUCUACGCUUUCUUUUCAAGCAUAGGCUUUCAUUGUGAAUCUUGAUUGUACAAGCGUGCUAAGGUGCAGUUGCUUUUUUUCUUGUUUUGUAAAAGCUGUUGUCAUUAUCUUUGCUAUACAUCCAACAUUCUGGACUUUUUUCUUUUGUUGGCUGAGUCUUUAAAAUAUACAGAAACAUUCAAAAUAAUGAAAAUAAAAUAAAUAUUUCUAAGUUAUUAAUGUAAUAUGUAGAUGGAUUCCCUGUGAGGGUAAAGUGGGUGGCCUACAAUGCACUAUGUAAGGUGCUACAGGUUAAACUAUUGUAAUUUAGACAAUUGUGAUGGUGUUUUUUUUUCUUUUAAAUGAACAUUGAAAAUAUGUACAGUAUAUACCAAGUCUAGAGAAUUAGAUUAUAUUUGUACGUGUAAUUUGCCUGAAUUCUACAGCAGCGGCACUCUGUUCCAUGUUUGGUGAAACUGCCCCUUUUCAUGUGACGCAAAACUGUUUCUUUCCGAAUAAAUGUUGCCAGCUUUGUGUACAGUCACAGUAUGUGUUGCAUUUCUUAGAAAUAAAUGUUAUUUUCUAC